GUACGUAUUUUCUGUGCAAUGUUGGAACAAUUGAUACCCAAAAGGUAUCAAUUAAUAACAAUUAUGCCAAAAAGUAGAUGUCGAUGUUCAUUACAAUUCCAUUGAAAAAAACCCACUAGUUUCAUUUGUCAUGCAAAUGCUGGUAAAACUUAUGGUCAGAAUUGCCAAAAUCUAAUUUGAUAGUAUCAGUUUGGUAACAUCCCCGACAAACUAACUAAAAAUGCUAACUUAACUUUCAAUUUCAUCAUAACUGCCAUCAUUUUAGGUAUACGAAGGCCUUGUAACUGGUGUAAUAUGGUCCAGCCAAUUAGAGUAUGAUCACAACAGAGUUGGUCCUACUAUUCGAAGGAUUAAAGUUCUUCCACUCGGUCUCAGUAAUAGUAGGAGGUUUCUUUCGUAGUUUCCCUUAUUGUUGAUUCCUGACUUUGUUAUCUUUUUUCAGCAGUCGGUUUAGAUUGUUUCCAGCUGUUCGUCGCAAGUGAUUGACUUUUCAUCAGGCUACAUAAUUGUAUAAGGCCGGUGAAAGUAUUGAUCUCUCAAAGGGCUUGCUGUAGGCAGCAGUUCUGUUGUUCCGUCACGUUCAUCGAGAAAAAAAAGCAAUUUGGGCAUCAUGAAACAGUUGAUUCAUUAGAUUCAUACCAAUAUGAAAGAAUCGGUUGGGAGAUAAUUAAAAAUAGUUGACUUAGUUUUUGGUGGAUUUGAUCUUCACUAGUAAGGUCUCAGUUCAGAAUCCCGAUCCGCCUAUUUUGGCUUAGGAAGCCCGAUAGCAUCGCAAGCUUUCAAAGCAAAAAGUGCAUUCACAGAGUGGAUGGAACGGCAUUUGCACCGUUUAGCUCUCAUCAUUUCUUGUAGUAUGGGUAGUACGGACGACAUUGAGUAUCUCUGAGUUUAAUUUUCAAUGAUUUUGUUGUAUCGGUAGGAUAGUGUUGGAAGGGCUUAAUUUUCAACUGCUAAACUAGGAAUUAAAACCUUAUCUUAUCAAUGGCACCUUUCCCUAAUGUGACAUGAAUUUGAGAACUUUAUUGAUUACUGACUUAUUUCAGUGAGUUAGUAUAAGUUGAUGGCUUAAGGCAUAGUAACCUUUUAAUACGUUGUGAAUAUGGCGAAAUCUAUGAUAAUUCUUACUGUUUAUUAUGCGAAUACUGUUAUACUACCCAUAAUGGGAAUGUAGCUUUGCAGAACAUGAGUAGGGAGUUCUUCCUCUUGGUUAUACUAAAAUAUUUAACGUAAGGUAUGUUUGGAUAAUAUAGUUUGGUAAGGGUUAUCACUAAUCUAUAGUGAAUAUGGAGCUUAUCUUUUGCAAAGAUGUAAACCGAUCGUAUAAAUAAUGACCUGUCGGUCAGUUGAAUGCUUUAUGGUAGCCUUUAUAAAAGUUGUCAUUUAACAAGAUAACUUUUCUUUUGAGGCUAUUUUUAUUUGGAUAUUUUCUGCUGUAUCAGAAUCCGUUGUUAUAUGGUUGCUCAAAAUCGUUUGCAAUGGCGUAGGUGCAUCCACUCUUUGUUUUCUCCCGAAUUCUAAUCUUCUGACUUCUUCAUAUCCUUUUUUUUCUCCUUUCCAAGUUUAUUUCACUGGAUUAUAAUCUUUGAAUAUCAUCUUCAAACCCUAAUCUUUCCGGUUACUGGUUAUAAUUUUACUACUUCUACGGGAUUUGAAUUGACAAUUGUAUCUCUGUGCUAAUGUGAUAUGGCAGCUCGAACUGAUGUACGUACGUACGUACGUACGAAGUUCUACGUUGUUGAUUACUGACUGCUAAAUGGUUGGCUAUUUGCUCUAAAAUUGGCAUCAACUGACUUUCUGUUUUCUGAAUAGCAUUCAUUCGACCUUUUCAUACAGUUAUUGAGAGGUACAUGUUCUUAAUAGUGUGAUCUUAAAAGCUCAUGUUCCUAAGUUUCUUGACAAUACACUUGACCAACAGAUGUUAAGACAACCUUAAAGCGAAUGAGUCAUGUAAUUUGUCGUGGCCACAUAAUUGUUUUCAACAUAAUAAGUCGUAAAAAGCGAACUUUGGUAGUCAUUGAGUAUGUACACUUUUCGAUUAACUAACAAGACAAAAAGCUGUGCCAAUUAUCAGACACGAAAUCCCUAAUCUUAUCAUUCUGUUAUUUGAGGGGUGAGCCCGCCCUCCCUCUCGAAAUGCUCUCACAAGUCCACGCGUAUACAGCCUCUACCAGGGAAGUCCUACUCACUGCCUUCUCGCGGUGGGGGUGUUGUCUAUGAAAAUGAGAGGGCGAAAAGCGAAUGUCCGGCGCUCUAACCGGAUUCCAAACCAAUGGUGCACAUGGGCCUCAGUAUCCUGAAGGAACAAAUGGCGUAUGAACCAAUCGUUGGUCACCGGCUACCAUGGGACUGCAUCUCUUUACGAUGCUCCACUGCCUUGUGGACCAGACCUUUAGGUCGAAGGCUCUGGGUGUGGCUCCCUAAGAAAACCACCUGCUUCGGUUUGGGUACCCGGGAAGUAUCCCAACCCUCACACAAAUCGAAUGAUUUGUGUGGCGCAUACAUAUUUGAUGCCCUCUUGUACCAAUAUUUAUGUGUUAAAAUAAAUAAAUAACAUAAUCAGUAGGCCUGGUCAGUGAUGCUUUAAUGUUGUUAGAAAAGUUGUUCCUUUCUGUUGGGGAUAAUGGCUUAAAAUAAUUGUGUGUAGUAAAUUUAUGUUGUAACUAUCCUGUAUUUUUACCACAAAAUCUGUGCUUCAAAGCCCAUUACACUCAUGUGUACUUGUUUGUUAGAAAAAAUAUCUGGUUUCGUACAAGCUAUUUGCACACACUAAGUUAUUUCACGAUUAAGUGAUCCAUUUAAUAUUGAUCUUAUGAAGUUAGGCUUUUAUAGAUUAAUUUAGACUAGGGUACUUGUCAUUCUAGGUUCUAUAUUUCCAAAGAUUUUACUCUGUGGAGCAAUUCAAUCACAGGUAUGGUCAUUUAAGCCUUCUUAUCUCUUCAUUAACUAACAUCGACUGAAGAACUUAUCUACACAAACCUUUGGUUGAUCAAGAUGUAAUAUUCUAAUUCGCCUAUUGCCACGCAAGGGUUAAAAAAUGGCAUGCUACAAUUUAAAAUUUAGGCAUCUUGUAUGUGUCAACGGAUUUGUUAUCUAUUUAUUUUGUCGUUGGUAGUAAAAACCGCUCAGUUUGAACACUAAAGAAUACAUAUGUCCUAACAGAAUAACAUUCAUGGGAUACAAAUUACUGCUAGCUCAAGGGAAAUGACUAUAUUACUUCCUAUCAUCAGGGUGUCAACAUUGACUAGUCAAAAAUGUAUUGUACAUCAGCCGUAGUUGAUAAUUUAGUGGGCUUUGUGGACUGUUUUCCCAUGAGCUUUGGCUAAUUACUUUAACAGACGAUACUUACUCCUUAGUUAAAUCAGUUAACUCUAAAUAAGUUCACUUAUCUUGGAAAUCUGGUCAGCCCUGAUUGGUUGGUGCCUGACAAGAUCUCUGCACGGAUUCAAAAAGCUCGUUCAGCUUUUUUAACUCCACCUAUGGUGAAGGUGAGAUAUCCGUCUAUUAAUUAAAGGACGAGUAUACUGCACGGCAGUUCGUUCUGUUUUACUUUACGACUGCGAAACGUGGCCAUUAAGGGUAGAGGAUACUCGUAAGUUAGUAAUAGAUUGACUGCUUUAACUGACGACUAUAACCAGGUUACUAAGUUCUAUGUUCACUACUUCCUAACCACUUUAUGAGACGUUUAUUUGGUGUGUAAAAACUGUAAAAUAUUAAGUGGAAUCUCAUCGUAGCUUCUACCUUAACAUGGUAGUCGGGUUUACCUACCGUAGUGACUCAACUGAGCCAUAUUGGCUGAUACACGUGUACCUUUACGUCCUACCGUGCCAGACAGGUCGGUUGGAGAAUAGUAAGACUAAAAUCAGAAAAUUAAGGUCCGAAGAUAAGGUACUGCCAAUUGUAGAGGGGUGUGAGAGCAGUAGGGUGUUUCCCUCGGACAGCGUCUGCAGCGAUGCUGUCUUCUCACAACAGAAAGAAAAGCUUAGAAUAGGUCGACCAUAAAAGAUUCACACUCCACCUUACCCCACGGAUUUCUGUCUCCGGCGGUAAAAUAUUUUAAAGUGCGGAGCUAACACCGAAAACUUCCCUUGCGUUGUCCCUUGGGCUCUGCAGUCAAACUACCAAGUCUCUAAGAAUAUCACUAAUUCGGCUUUUUUUUCAGACCUCCCGAGAAGAAAUAUCCUUCCAUGGUAUGGGCAGCCUGGAAGCGACAGUCACCCUCAUACCUCUAUCAGUACCCAAGAUCAUCUUAUUGACUAUGGGAUCCCUCCUUCAUCUCUAAAUAAUUCUCAUAUCCACACGACUAACCCUUCUCAUAUAUUUUUAUCGUCAUGCACCACUAAUGCCAAUGAUUUGAGUUCAUUAAAUUUUGUUACUGGUCUCCUGAGACCACUCUCUAAACUGCGUGUUGGGGAUUUUAAUGUACGAACCAUGUAUCAGAUAGGACAACAGGCUUCUUUAGCUAGGACUUUAGAAUCUCAAGUCAUCAUUAGACUGGAUUUCAACAGACGAUCGCUUCUACAGUGUUCGAUUAAACUGAACAGUAAGAACUUGAAAAUUUGGUGACACGUCGUUUCCUUGUCGUUGUAUCUGAGUAAGCUCUCACUGAUUGUAGCUUGGAAAAAGUUGAAAAUGAAUUUUAUGUUAUCCAACCUCGGUCAAAAAAGUAAACUCUCUGACUUGGUAAUAGUGGCAGUUAAUUAUAAUGUUCAAGUAGCUCAACUGAAGCAAACCGAAAGGCACCUAGGCGGAUCUUACGUUGUCGUGGCUCAGCGAACAGAUUAUGGCGACCGUUUGUUGCAACUAUGCCCAGAUAACCGUUUAAUCCUGUCAAACAGCAGCUUUAAACAUAAGGAAAAGCAUCAUCCGAUGUGGUGGUGAACUUAAAGAGAUCAGAUUUCCAUAAACUAUCGUUAUAGGGGGUUGGUUGAACAUUUUUACUCAUUCUACAGCACAUGCUUGGACUCAGAUCAUGCUUCAAUUCGAGCACGUGUUUGUCUGCGUCUUACUGGACGUAUAAAAGAAAACCCUUUAAAAUUCAGCUUAAUGAUGGAAAAUUCAAAAGCAUAUUUCUGGACUAACUAGGGAAGGAGUUAGUUAAUGGUCAAAAUGACAUCCACCACUAGGAAGAAUCAGUGGAUUUCAGCGGUGUUUACAGCACUUUUAGAUGCUCGGGAACUCACGCCUGGUCCAAAACACGAGGAGCAGAUGCAGCUUAAACAGCGAAGCACUUUAGGGAACAGUUCAAUUGGCAUUCAGCCACACUUCUGUUACCCAUUAUCUCCAAUCGGCCUAAAUGACAAAGUGAUAAAGCAAAAAUCCUCUUUUAGCAACCACAGAAGAACCAGUUUAACUAAUAUAGUGUCUAAAAUAUUCGCCUCAGUAAUACUUCGAAGUCUAACUAGAGCUCAUGAAGUCAGAGCUUAUGGCCAACAAUCAUCGGGACUGGUUACUUUAAUUGGUCUUCGUCAGGGUUGUCCACUUUCCUCAUUUUUAGUUAACUUUGUCUUAGACAUGCUUUCAAAAAUAACAGUUUUAUCGUCUGAGUUAGGGAUUGAUCAUAUACCAGGAGAUCCACUUGUUGACUUGGAAUACGCAGAUGAUAUAGUUCUGUUUGAAGGUGCUGAAAAAAUGAAAAUGCAAACAAACGAACUUAUUAAUGGAAUCACUGAGACAGAAGACAGUUCAUAUAUGGAGAGUGGAACGGAUAUUUUGGAUUUUUUAAACACAUCUGAUACAGAGAAUGAAGAUAUAAAAGAUAUAAUUGGAAAUGAACCGGAUAAAAGUACUGAAGAAGAUCCAUGCAAUGAAGAAGCAUCCUCCUUAACACUUUCCAUAACCAAUGUAGUUGUUAUGGCUAGUCUUCAGUGUCAUUUACGAUUGAAAGAAAUAGCCAGAACUAGCGUUAAUGUAGAAUAUAAACCGCUUCAGAAUCACGUUAUAAUGCGUUUACGAUCACCGUAUACAGUAGCAACAAUUUGGUCUAGCGGAAAAAUUUGGUGCACUGGAGCCAAUUCGCUUGCCAAAGCGAAAAUUGGCGCUAGGCGUAUUGCUAGACGAAUAGCGAAAUGUGGAUUUCCGUGUCAUUUUAGUAAAUAUCGUGUAGUUAAUAUUAUGGCUACUUGUAAAUUACCAUUCGGUGUCAGAUUAGAAGAAUUAGUCAAUGAAAGACCGAUGCAAAUGAGUUACGAACCUGAAUUAGCUCCUGGUCUCACGUUUAAAACUGAUCUUAAUUCAAGUACAUCUCUAAAACUUUUUUCAACCGGACGAAUCGUCAUUAUGGGUUCCAGUUUAGACUCAAUUGGUUCAUUAGUCGAGGAACUAGUUCCAAUUGCUGCAUUGCAUCAAACAGAUGAACCGGUUCCAGAUGUUAAUGAUAUACAAGAACGUGACGAAGCCCAUGUAGUGUUAAAAGCAGCACGAUACAUGAAUAUGCUGCCAAAUAAUGGUGGUUUCAAUGGAUUAGUUUAUGAUAUUGAUGAUGAGGAUGAAAAUAGCGAUGAAAGUGAUUUUUAUGAAGAUGUCGGCGGUGGUGGUGGUGCUCAACAUAGUUUUUCUACAGAUGAUUCAACUGACAGCGGGGCUUCUAUUGACAGCGGUGGUGUAAGUACUAAAGUAAAGCGUAGAAUUAAAAAGAAAAGUCGUUUAUCUACUGUUAUGGGUAAUUCCAUUUCCUCUACAUCUCAGUUGAGAAGUUAUGAUUCAUUGCGAUCUGGUAGUCCGCUUCAUUUAUUAACUCCUAGAGAGGCUGCCAGUUUGGCCUUCUCUAAACGUGCAGCUGGAAAUAUUGAAGAUGCUAGAGAUUUAGUAGCGACAGCUGGAGAAUUAAGACGUCAACGUGAACUGUUACUUCAAAGGACAACUCAAGAUAGUAUACGAACAGAAUCUCGUUCAAAUUUUUCUCAAAGUGAUCCUACAUGGUCUCGUAAAGCUGUUGCUUCAGGAUCAACAAAACGUGCUUGUGUGGUCACUUAUUCUGGAACAGAGGAUAGUGAGUCACAAGAUUUAUAUAAUACUGUCGAACUACUCAGUCAAGGUUAUACACAGUCUAAUGUUUCUUCAAUUGAACAACAACAACACCAGCAACAAUUAAAAAUUAUUCAUGCACCAUCUUUGAUGCCAUUGAAUUCAACAAAUCCUCCGGUACAAGUUUCUACCGUAAUGACUCCAAUCAAUACUGCUGCCAAUUCCUUACAAUAUGUAUUGAUUAAACCUUCUACAAGUAUUGGUCAAACAGUUUACAACAAUGUAAUGCCUACUGUUCAACCAACUUUCAGUUAUACUACAACACCAUGUGUUACACCUAUACAAACAAAUUCUAUUGUACAAUUGUCCUUGCCAUUAUCAAAUAGUGGUGUGAAUGGUCAAAACUUAAUAACAACAAGUACUGCAUCAUCUACUGCCUCUGUUGCUACGACUAAUACUACUGUUUAUCCUAUCCGUCUAUCCAAUAAUAUUCUGCCCAAUUACAUAUCCUCAGUAAAUGAUGGCAAGAUGAUGACCUUUGCUACUGGUACUCCUUCUAAUACGUAUACAAAUCACUUAAUAGGCUUUCCUAAUACAACUCAAAUGUUUCCAAAUGUUUAUCAAGUUGAUCCCAACUCAAUUAUACCUGGCCAAACUGCUCCACUUGUCUUUGGAUCUUCUUUACUCACUUCAUUUCAACCUACAAAUAAUGUUAUACAUCCACAGAUACAUUUACCUGCCCCAAGUGUUCUAUCUGGUUCACCAAAUAUUUUUGUUGGAAAUUUCCCUCCAGGUAUUACUUUAAAGACAGCACCUGUACAAACAGUCGGAAGUGUAACUUCAAUUCCUUUCACUCCAACAUUUGCUUACCAACAAACUGGAGGUUAUAAUUAA